CCAGCAGCUUCGCAUGCCGUCAUCUUCCAUCCACCUCCUCGCAUCACCUCACAUCACCUCACGUCACUCGCCAAGAGUCGGGAUGAACUGCACAGCAACAGACAGACAGGCACCUCAGCCAUUCAUUCAUCUGGUUGCAUUGCGUCCCAUUGCGUGCGUACCAGCUUGAAGAAGGCCUGCCCCAGCAGCAGCUCGACGAUGGCCACCCCCACAAAGCCCAUCAUGGCCACCCGCCCCACCUGCCGCUCGACGAUCUCCAGACCCUGCUCCUGAGGCGGCAGACUCGACAGCUCCGGCUUGCUCUGCAUCAACACUGUGAGUGGUGAGGACGGCGGUCUCUGCGGCACAUGUUGGCGCAGCUGGCGCAAGGAGGAGCGAGAUGUGGAAGAUCGGACGAAGGCUGAUGCAUUUUCGGAUGACGCUCGCGAUGACAGGGCAGCAAUAAGGCAGACAAGCAGGUAGAGGAGCUUCAUUCUCAAGGAGAUCCAAAGGCGGAAAAGGUGCG